AUGAGUAGCUAUUUGAAGUACUGGGGAACUCAUUUUGUCACUCAAAACAAAAGUCUCUACACUUGGAUUAAUGAAGAAGGGGUUGUGAUGGGCCAAAGGACCUAUGGAGAGCUUUACUCAAAUGCCAAUUAUAUUGCUCAAAAGCUCUUAACGAGUCAAAAACCAGUUAUCAAACCUGGAGACAGGGUUUUAAUGAUCUACGUCCCUGGUUUAGACUUCGUUGAUGCCUUCUUUGGAUGUCUAAGAGCUAAAGUCAUACCAGUUCCCGUUCUUCCCCCAGACCCAAUGCAAAGAAGUGGGCAAGCACUUAUGAAGAUUGAAACUAUUGCUAAAUCAUGUGGCACAGUAGCAAUUUUGUCAACAACAGCUUAUCAUUCCGCUGUCCGUGCAGGGUCGGUGAAAAAUUUAAUCUCACUAAGCGGAAAAGGUGGGAAUGCUUCAGCUCGGUGGCCUAAUCUUCCAUGGCUACACACUGAUUCGUGGGUCAAGAACUUCAAGAACCUGAGUAUGGAAUGCCUAGCUGAUCAGUCUGAACCCCAACCUAAUGAUAUCUGUUUUUUGCAAUUCACAUCAGGAUCGACUGGCGAUGCUAAAGGAGUAAUGAUAACUCAUGGGGGGCUCAUUCAUAAUGUGAAGUUGAUGCGAAGACAAUAUAAAAGCACCUCAAAAACAGUACUAGUGAGCUGGCUUCCUCAGUAUCAUGACAUGGGGCUUAUUGGCGGACUCUUCACAUCUCUUGUUAGUGGUGGUAUGGCUAUUCUCUUCUCUCCAAUGACAUUUAUCAAGAAGCCACUUUUAUGGCUUGAAACUAUCAGCAAGUAUCAAGCAACUCAUAGCGCUGGCCCUAACUUUGCUUUCGAGUUAUUGAUUCGAAGGUUGGAGUGUGACAAAGAUAAACUUCAGAAUUUAGACCUUUCGUCUAUGAUUUUUCUCAUGGUUGCAGCGGAGCCAGUGAGACAAAGGACUUUGAAAAGAUUUAUUGAACUAACCAGUCCUUUUGGCUUAUCUCGGGAGGUGACAGCUCCCGGAUAUGGCUUAGCAGAAAAUUGUGUGUUUGUUUGUUGUGCAUUUGGAGAAGGUUACCCUAUUAUUGUUGAUUGGCAAGCAAGAGUUUGCUGCGGGUAUGUUCACCCAGGAGAUGCCGAUAUGGACAUUAAAAUAGUUGACCCAGAGACUGGUGAAGAGCUUCAAGAAGAUGGAAAGGAGGGAGAAAUAUGGAUUAGUAGUCCAAGUGCAGGAAUAGGAUACUGGGGGAAGGAAGAAUUGAGUCAAAAAACUUUCAGGAAUAAGCUUCAAAAUCAUCCUGGACGUAACUACACAAGAACUGGAGAUUUGGGACGUAUAAUAGAGCAGAAGUUGUUUAUCACUGGCAGAAUCAAGGAUCUUAUCAUUGUUGCUGGAAGAAAUAUUUACUCAGCAGAUGUUGAGAAAACAGUUGAAAGCUCAUGUGAGCUUCUUCGUCCAGGGUGUUGUGCUGUCAUUGGAGUCCCUGAGGAAAUUCUAUCAGCGAAGGGAAUUUCCGUUCCAGAUGGUUCCGACCAGGUUGGCCUUGUCGUGAUUGCAGAAGUAAAAGACGGAAAACCAGUAGGCAAAGAUGUGAUCCAGCAAAUUCAGACUCGUGUGGCAGAGGAACAUGGAGUCACUGUUGCUUCAGUCAAGUUAGUCAAGCCUAGAACCAUUAGUAAAACGACCUCAGGAAAGAUCAAGAGAUUUGAAUGCUUAAAGCAAUUUAUAGAUGGAUCGUUGAACUUUGCACCACAACCACUUUUGACAAAGAAAACAUUAGUACGAUCAUUCACUACAGGAACAUGCAGGGAAGGAUAUACGCCUCGACCCCAACUAGUGUCAAAUAAAAAUCUAAGCGCUUCAAGAAUCAGCAACAAACAAAUUGUGGAAUUCUUGAAGGGGCUUAUUUCUGAGCAGACAGGUGUUCCAAUUGACAACAUCUCACUUACAGACAACCUAGCAUCAUAUGGAAUUGACUCAAUAGGUGUGGUCAAAGCAACUCAAAAGCUCUCUGAUUUCCUGGGAGUGCCCGUGGCAGCUAUCGAUGUCUUCACUGCGUCUUGCAUUCAAGAGUUGGCUAAUUUCUCAGAGAAUCUUCUAUUGAAGUCUCAACCUCAACUUGUGAAUAAUCUAUCCCAUGUUGCAGAACUGGAGAUUGAUUCUUCUGAAUUGGUUGUCGAUGUUACCAGAUCUCGCCAAUUUGGUAUUCGUUUCCUCCAGAUCCUAGCACUCAUUUAUGUGUCUAUCAUUCUAGUUUUUCCCGCAUAUUUAUCGAUCACUGCCUUUUUGGGCUUCAUCCAAAGUGUUAGUAAAUCAGUAGAUGGGAUAUGCUGGUUAAAUUAUUUAAUUUCCUUGAGUUUUGCGCCUCUUGCUUGGAUCCUUUGCAUUGUUUCCACCUGUGUUUGCAUUUCAUUGUUCGGGACUUCUCUCCUGAGGCCAAAUUAUACCCUUGCCCCUGAAAUUUCCAUUUAUUCUGUGGAUUUCAUCAAGUGGUGGGCACUUUAUAAAAUGCAAGAAAUCUCUUCGAAAGUUCUGGCGGUACAUCUUAGAGGUACAGUAUUCCUGAAAUAUUGGUUUGAGGUGCUUGGCGCAAGAAUUGGACCUGGAGUUUUGCUGGAUACAGUUGACAUCACAGACCCAUCUCUAGUUUCAAUUGGAGAUACGGUUGUUAUUGCAGAAGGAGCUUUGCUCCAAAGCCAUGAGGUGAAGAAUGGACUUGUCAGUUUCUUGCCUAUUAGGAUCGGCAAAGGUUCUUCCAUUGGGCCUUAUGCUGUUUUACAAAAAGGAAGUAUUGUUGGAGAAGGCAUUGAGGUGCAACCUCUGCAAAACGUUGAAGCGGGCCAACAUGUGCUCAAAACGACAAGGCCUAAAAAUGUUUGUAAGAAUGCGGUCCUGCCUGUUGAUGCCAGUGAAGUUGAAUCUACUGUUAUUAACCAUUUCGUUGGAAUCUAUCUGGUUGGUUUUCUGAAUUCCCUUGCUGCUGCUAUUGUCUACUUCUUGUACAUAAGGUUCUUCUCAAAACUCCCAUCAUUUCAACACUUCUCAUUUAUUUGCUUAUCUGGGGCCUUCCAUUGGAUACCAUUUACCAUCAUAGCAUAUGCUACCAUGUUUUCUUCUGUCCCAUCAAGUUCCAUUAUAUUCGCCAUUUCAUUUUCAUGUGGCUACUUGCUUCAUGGUCUUAUCCUCAGCUCUCUCACUUGCUUUUUAACUCGACUCCUGGCAUGUAGUCGAAACCAAACCCAUUUCAAAAUCUGGCUUCGACAUAGAAUCACCAUUGUUUGCCACCUUAGAUUUGCAAAGCUUUUAACAGGAACAGAAGCCUUUUGCGUGUAUUUACGUCUCUUAGGUGCCAAAAUUGGCAAGCACUGUUCUAUCAGAGCCAUCAACCCUGUUUCAAACCCAAAAUUAAUGUCAAUUGGUACCGGGGCCCAUCUUGGUGAUUUUUGUCGGAUAAUUACCGGGUUCCAUUCUUCUAAUGGGUAUCUCAGUGAAGAAGUCAAGAUUCAGGAUAACUCAGUUGUUGGGAGUCAAAGCCUGAUCCUCCCUGGUUCAACUAUUCAAAAGAAUGUCAUUUUGGGUGCACUUUCAAUUGCUCCAACGAAUUCCACGCUCCAAGAGGGCGGUGUGUACAUUGGAUCUCAAACCCGAGUUGCUAGUAGAAACUCUAUAAAUGCAUUGGAUGAACGGAUAGAGGAGAUGGACAUGGGAUACAAGAAAUUAGUGUCCAAUUUGGCUGCAAAUUUGGCUGCGACAACUUUGAAAGCUAAAGCAAGAUAUUUUCAUCGCAUUGGGGUUAGCGGAAAGGGAUACCUAAAACUAUACAACAAGAUAGAAGGCCUUCCUCUACACAAGAUUUUUCAGCCGGGAAAAAGAUACGCAAUCAUUGUUAGGCACAGCAAUAGUUUGAGUGCUGAUGACGAUGCAAGGAUCGAUGCUCGCGGUGCAGCUUUAAAGAUACUCUCUGAAGGACCUACUUGUGAGUGUCCUCUUUAUGACUUAACACUUAAAACAGGCCCUGCAUUCUAUGCUCGCACUAUUGCUGAUUUCACACACUGGCUUGUUUGUGGGCUUGAUGCAAGAAAGGAGUUUGUCAAGCGACUCCCACAUGUUCGUGACGCAGUAUGGAAUUCUCUUCGGCAUGCUAACUCUUACACCGAAUUGCAUUACUACUCAAACUUCUGUCGGCUAAUCCGCUUUACAGAUGGACAGGCAAUGUAUGUGAAGUUCAAGUUGCGGCCUUAUGACAAGAGUAUUAGUGAAGAUUCAGGCAAGGUAAAGCCAAAAGAUAUACUUCCACCGGAGACAGGUGCUAUUCCGAGGGAUGAAAAUGAUACACGCCCUUUACUUUUUCUUGCUGACGAAUUUCAGAAACGCGUGAAUUCUCCAAGUGGGGUUCAAUACAUUCUUCAAGUACAACUCCAACCAAUACCAGAUAAUGAAGCCUCUCGUGAAGUUGUGCUAGACUGCACUAAACCAUGGGAUGAGGAUAAGUUCCCAUACAUUGAUGUUGGAGAGAUAAAUAUUAAUCAAAUACUUCCUGCUGAAGAAUCAGAGAGACUAGAUUUUAAUCCCUAUCUUCGAAGCCAUGAACUCGACGUCAUCCGUGCUACUUCAAGCUCCCAAAGUGCUUCUAUUGAUCAUGGUCGUUCCUUGGUCUAUGAGAUUAGUCAGAAGCUAAGAAAUAAAGAGCCGCUCCCAGAGGCCUUAAGGAGCUUUAUUGAGGAAUCUGAUGUGAAGAUAGAUCUAUCAAAUUGUCCCACGGCAACACCGACGGCACAAAAAAACAUGUUGCAAGAAGUGAGCUUGACCAGAACAUGGUAUCAAACCUUGUCAGCAAUUUUCAUUCAACCAUUGCUACAAACCGGUUUACCUUAUUUAGUGGUGGGCUUAGCAAUUUUUGGUCCUCUGAAUUGGGUUGUUCAACAAAAAAACGCCAAAAAACUGCCAGUCCAUUGGUUGCUUCCUUUGUGUUGGCUUCUCUCAGGUAUUGUGGCAGCAUUGGCAUGUGUUGUUGCCAAAUACGUGCUUGUGGGAAGGAAGAAAGCAGGUGAAACGGUGGCCAUAUGGAGUCAAAGGGUAACAAUGGAUAGCACAUGGCAGGCCAUUAGAACUAUGGUUGGAGAUUAUUUUAUGGACAUGACUAGUGGUUCAUAUUGGUUUGUGGUGUGGAUGAAGUUGAUGGGCGCAGAGGUCGAAACAGAUCGUGAGGCCUACGUGGACAGCACAGGAGUAUUGAUGAACCCUGAAAUGGUGAAGAUUGGGAAUGGAGCAUGUGUGGGAAGAGAAGCUCUGCUCUUUGGGCACAUAUAUGAAGGAGAAGGCGGGAUGGUGAAGUUCGGGGAGAUCAACAUCGGAGAAGACGCAUUUGUAGGAAGUAGAGCUGUCGUGAUGCCCGGCGUGCAAGUGGAGAAUGAGGGUAGCCUCAGCACACUCUCUCUUGCCAUGAAAGGAGAAAUCAUCAGGUCUAAAUAA